AGUGGCUGGCAGGUGAGCUUAGACCCUUACACAGGUAUCAUGGCCGAGGGAGCGAGGGAGUGAAAACAAACCCACAGCCGCCAUGAGCCAUUUUAACCCCGGCCCUCGCGUUGUGACCAUCUACAAGACAGACACGGGGUUCGGCUUCAACGUGAGGGGCCAGGUGAGCGAAGGAGGGCAGUGGCGGCCUAUCAAUGGCGACCUGUACCCGCCUCUCCAACACGUCUCGGCGGUGCUGGAGGGCGGCGCGGCGGAGCAGGCAGGGAUACGGAAGGGCGACCGAAUAUUAGAAGUCAAUGGCGUCAAUGUUGAAGGGGCCGAGCAUCGCUAUGUGGUGGAACUCAUCAAACAGGGCGGAGAUGUGCUCAAACUCACAGUUAUUUCUGUCUCAAGGAAGGAGGCAGAAAGACUGGAGCCAAGCGAGGAGACAUCAGGGUUUUCCUACAUAGACUAUAGUGAGAAGCGAUCUCUGCCCAUCUCCAUCCCAGACUACUCCUACAUAGAGGCUGCCGGGGACAAGUAUGUGGUGUUCAACAUCUACAUGGCUGGCCGGCACCUGUGUGCGCGCCGGUACAGGGAGUUCUCAAACCUACACAACAAUCUCAAGAGGGAGUUCAUGGACUUCAACUUCCCAAAGCUCCCAGGGAAGUGGCCAUUCUCCCUCUCCGAACAGCAGCUUGACGGGCGACGCAGAGGCCUGGAGCUGUACCUUGAGAAAGUGUGUGCCGUGAGGGUGAUAGCUGAGAGUGACAUCAUGCAAGACUUCCUCAAUGACUCAGAUGACCACCAGGGUAACAGUAUUCGCGUGGACCUGAAGGUGUUGCUGCCGGACAAAAGUGUGGUGACGGUGACGCAGGCGAAGAACGUGUUGGCGCACCAGGUGUACCAGGCGGUGGUGGAGAAGAUCAGCAUUAGCCCGGAGACAGCCAAGUGCUUCGCCCUCUUUGAGAUUGUGGAAUAUAACUUCGAACGAAAAAUUAGUGAUGAUGAGUUUCCCCACAACCUGUAUAUCCAGAACUACAGCACAGCGACAGCCACUUGCUUAUGUAUCCACCGGUGGAUAUUCAACCCACACAGAGAGCUUCGGCUUUGUGCCUCAGAUGACAUGGCACACACCUGGCUCUUCUGGACAGCAGUGGAGGAUGUGAACCGAGGACAUGUGAAGCCCACUGACCAAUUAUACCAACUGAAGGCCCUGCAGGAUGUGGCCAGGAAGGAACAGUACCUCCAGGUGGUGCGGGGCUGCGAGGGCUACGGAGACAUAGUGUUCCCCCACUGCCCCUGUGACUCCAGGAAGAAGGGUCACGUGGUUGCCUUCGUGGGCUACAAGUCCUUCAGGCUGCAGGCAUGUAAAGAGGAUGGAUCCCUACAGACUCAAAUAAUCGACUUUGCCUGGUCAACCAUUGAAAAGUAUGAGGUGGAUGAUGAGGCGAUGGCCUUCUGCUUCCUGUACCGGCAAUCAGAGGAGCUCAUCAGAUGGGUCAAGAUCUUCACCCCUUAUUACCAUUUCAUGGAGGAAUGCUUCCAGCGAGUCCAGGAGGAGCACCAGUGGACGUAGGGAGAUGGAAGCUGUAGAGAGAUGUAAGACUUAAGAGUGUGCACGAGUGUGUUUGUGUAUGUGUGUUUGUGUGUGCGCGUGUGUGCAUGCAUGCAGCAUGUGUUGUGUGUGUGAGUGAUGCUGUGGUGAUGUGCCGAACACAUUGCUUUGACAAGGAUUUGAUUGGCACUCGUUUAGUGAUACUUCAACACAUGUAUGUAUAAUAGAACAAAAUGUAUUGUAUUAUUUCAAUCAGAUUUUAAGGUUUGAAAAAUUGUUUUAUAUUGAGAGAAAGUGAAUGUGUAUAUGACUCUUGUGACAGACUAUCGUGGGAGUAGGUGAGAGAGAUCUUAGUUGAGGUAUGGUGGCUGAACCCUCAUCACAAUACUCGUCCCAUCAUCAUUGCCCCUCAGAGUCCCUGGGCUAAACCCACUAGUCUUUUUAGGUUUUAACUAUUGAGCAUCUGCAACUUAGACACCCAUCUCACCUUGAGAAGGUAGGGUAUUUGUUUACUCUUAUGAGAUCCAAUUCAACUGAUGAAAAUCUUCAUGUUAUUUUGUUGUGGUAUAUGAGCUCAAGGCUCUUGAGUCUAGAUCAUUGGCUAUCCUGCUCCCUGUUUGUGUGAUCUUGUUUUAAGGUGAGUGUUUAGGUAACCCUCAUUCCAAUCAUUUGUUAACAAGUACAUUUUUUCCACUUCAGAAAACAAAAUAGUUACCAAGGACACACAAAUUGUUUAGUUUACACUACCCGCCAGUGCACAAAUAUCUAUUGUACUUCUCACCUUCACCAUUUCCUUUGGGAACAAAACAAGUAUUCUUUACUCGUGACCUGACAGUUACACUUGCCGUCUAUCUGCCUGUCCCUCCUACUCUCUUCCACUUCUCUCUACUGUUCCCCGAGAUGAGAGAAGUAGUACAUGAGCAAUCGUCAUCCACCCUGAGAUUGCAAACGCUUGGCUGGACGUAAGAUGUAAUCUAGUUUACGAAGAAGAGUAGUAUAUUUUUACCUUGUAUGCCAUUUGUCUUGUUCUAAUUAUUUUUGUUUUACAAAAUACUAUACAUAGCAAUAGGUUGAUGGUGAAUAUAUGUAAUGGCUUAAGUAUCAAAUGAUACACUGCUUGUGAUGGGAUCCAUUGCUGUAUAAAGGGAGCAGUGUGCACUCUACAUGCAAGACAACCAGCCAAGGAUAAUAUUCUGAAAUAUAUAGAUAUAUCCAGGAGUGUGUGUGUGUGUGUGUGUCUGUGUCUGUGUCUAUCUGUGUCUGUCUGUCUGUCUGUGUGUGUGUGUGUGUGUGUGUGUGUGCGCGCGCACACACAUGCGCUCUUGGCAUUGUGAAGACCCCUGUAUCUUACUGUUCAGAAAAGACCAAGAAUGCAGACUGCAGGAAUGUGUUCUUUGGCUAAUUCAUAGUUGACACUGUAGGCGUAUAAUCCAUGCCGCUGAACUACUUGAGGAUGUUGACGGUUCUGUUCCAAGGAAUCGUAUUCAUUGUUAUAGACUUAAAUAUUUUCUUCCAUUAUAAAGUGAUGAUAACAAGAGCAGUAUUCCCCAACCAUCCAGCCUCACUAGUUUGUCUGUUCAGUAAGUCCCAACAAGAUGAAUUAAGGUGUCCCAAAUAUAUAUAAUCAGCAUCCUUACGUACACACUGGCUUACCCAGCUGUCGGGCAGCGUUGCCAAGCUCCUUAGCGGUGUGUUGUGGGCACCUCUCCUACUCAAUAUGCAUUUUGUAAGUCCUCCAUUCGUAGGUUUAUACAUAUCAAAGCCUCCACGUUAUUAUGAAGAACUGUAAUUCACGAUUUAUGUUCAAGUUUUAUUUUUCAUGAUUUGCUCAUAUCCUCCAUCUCAGCAAUAUAAAUACUUGAAUAUACGCAAAUACGAGAGUCGUGCUUGCUUUCUUUGUCUAAUCGGUUUGGUAUUGUAUUCAUAGUCUUAACCCUGCACUGGACAUCAUUAGUUGCAAGAUGCUGUUUUCAAGAAAGGCAGAUAAGCUUAACAAAAAUAUUUGUGGGAGGAACCCUGUUUGUCGUGUUGAUGCUGAGUUAAGGGAUAAACUCUUACAUGAUAACAAUUUCUGAAGAGGGUUCACUUUUAUUUCCUUGUAGACAUUCCAAACACUUCCCUCAUACAUGUGAUGAAAACCUUCCCUAUUGAGUUAACCCUUUAGCUAUUUAUUUUGUAUUUACCCUUUUGGUGGCUCAGACAAUAGCUAUGAAGAAUAAAGAUGCAUUUCCCCUUUGGUGUACUAGGCUUCAUAACAUUCUCAGUAGCAAUACAGUGAUAUGACACAAUAGUCAGCCGAAACCUUCACACACCUGUGACAGCCACUCAUGACAUCUUAGUUAGGUUCAUGCACCAAAUGCCUCCUGUUACUGCAUUUUCACCUGGGCUUUUACCUGGCUUUUCCCUCCUUUUCUGGGCUAGAUUUAAUUUUCUUGUAAAAACGGUGUUGAAAUUAUAUAUAUAUAUAUAUAUAUAUAUAUAUAUAUAUAUAUAUAUAUAUAUAUAUAUAUAUAUAUAUAUAUAUAUAUAUAUAUAUAUAUAUAUAUACCUUAGAAAAUUGCCUGUGCCAUAGAAGCCGCUGGUUAUAGAUGCUUAAAGUUAGGAGGAUGUUGGCAUUAGGUGUUACAGACAUACAUAGUGUGUUAAGAACUGACUAUCCAAUCAUGUAUUUUUCUAUUCAAAUUAGAGUGAGUAAAUCCUUGUUAAUCAUCACCCACAACACAAGAGGGAUAGAUUUAUUUUAUCACUGAAGCUUCUUGUGUAUCUAUCAUAACUGACAACUCAGUGAAAGACAUUGCUGCUUUAUUUUCACUGAGGUUAGCAUUACCAAAGAUUCUAGAAUGACAAACACUAAGUAGGAGAGCUGUGUAUAUUAGCUCAUUUGUUUUUAUUUCAAAUAUAUAUUUUUUCCUUUCAUAGUUUGUAUCACACCAAUACUUCCAAAUCAAAACCAUUUUGAUUGGUGAUCAGAAACAACAGUUCUAUUGUGAUUUACUAUGCAGGAUUAAUUUGUUUUUUAAUUUUUUAGUUUUGUAAUUGAGAAGAAAAAUUUCAUUAAAUGUACUUUAUCCUGUAUGUAUUAAAAUUUUGUCGAUACUUCCUUAGUAAUAACACUAAUUAUGCCAAUUUAUGUAACAGCACCAAUUGUAAUUAUAACAAUAUGCAUGCAAACAUUUGAUGUAUAUAAUUACAUGCCAUAUUUAUGAUCCAAGGUACUGUGUACCUAUUAAAUCACCUACAUUGAUAAUGUAUAUAUAUAUAUCUAUGAA